AUGGGGCGCGCGGCGGCGCCCCUGCGCCCCACUUGGCGGAGACGCGCCCCCCCGCCGCCCCCCAGGGAGGGAGGCACCGAGACCCGCCCGCCCCCGUCGGCGCGCCCGCGGGGGCCCGGGCGGCGGCGCGCUCUCGGGCCGCCCCUGCGCCGGGGCCGCGCGCCCUUUGUGGCCGAGCCCCGCGGCCCCGGGGCCGCCGUUCCGCCGCGGGGCGGGCGAGCGCGCGCCCCUCCCCCGCCCGUGUCCGUUACCGGCCGCGCGCGAGCACGAGGCGGCGGCCGGGCGGCGCGCGGGUCGGCGGGCGGCGCGCACCUACCUGCGGGGACGGCCGCGCCGGCGGGCAGGCAGCAGCGCGCGGUGAGCGGGCGACGGCUGCGGCAGCGGUGGCCUGGGCGCUCGCUCGCAGCUUCCCUCCGCGACCCGGCGGCGGCGGCGGUGGCGGCGGCAGCGGCUCCUUGGCCUUCGCGUGGCGCCCUCUGGCGGCCGGAGGCCGCGCCCGCCGCCCGGGAGACGCCGCCAUUGGCUGUGCCCGCGAGCGUCGGCGCCGGGGGCGGUGGCGGCGCCACGUCGGGCCGGGCGGCGGCGGCGGCGGCGGCGGCGGCACCGGGAGGAGGCGACCCUCGGCCCGGGCCUCUGGGGCUGCCCCCGAGGCGGGCGUGCGGUUCGCGCCGGGCUGCGUCCUCGGGGCGGAGCCACUGGAGGGGCCGCGCGGCUCCCGGAAGCAGCGGUCCAGGGAACCGAUUGGGGGUGCACGUGCGGUUCAAAUGGAUGCGCGCCGGACGAGUGUUUUUCUGGACCGCGCGGCCCCGGAGCAGAGGCUAG